UUUACAAUGGCCGGAAAAUUUGUAGAGGCAACUUAUCCUUCAUAUGAUAUCCACCUGCGAAGACUUCCAGUCGAAAAAUUUGCACCAAGUAUCUGGGCUGAUACUUUCACUUCAUUCUCUUUCGAUGUUAAGGCACAAGAAAAGCGUUCCAAAGCAGUGGAAUCUCUCAAGGAAAAAGUUAGAGAAAUGAUCAUUGCAGGAGGAAGUAAUGCACUGAAUGAUAAGUUAAUAUUAAUCGAUACCCUGGAGCGUUUAGGAUUGGCGUAUCACUUUAAGCAUGAAAUAGAGGAGCAGCUCGAAAGCAUUAGCAAUCACUCGGAACAUCAUGAUUUAUACAUUUCUGCUCUAAGAUUUCGAAUUCUUAGACAACACCACCAUCGUGUUUCUUUGAGUGUGUUCAACAAAUUUACGGAUAAAGAUGGGAAGUUCGAUGAGAUACUUAGCAGAGAUGUGAAAGGAUUGUUGAGCUUAUUCGAAGCAUCACAAGUGAGGAUUCAUGGAGAAGAUAUUUUGGAAGAGGGAUUAGCUUUUACAACACAUCAUCUUAAUGUUUUAGUACCCACAUUAAAAUGUCCCCUUCAAGAACAAGUGAAACGAGCUUUAGAGCAGCCCCUUCAUCGAGUUUUUUCAAGGAUAGAAGUGCGGAAAUACAUUUCUUUCUAUGAAAGAGAUUCCUCACACAACAAAGUGAUUCUUGAAUUAGCCAUAUUGGAUUUUAAUUACUUGCAAAAUUUGUACAAGAAAGAGCUCUGUGAUCUUUGUAGGUGGUGGAAAAAUAUUGAUCUCAUUUCAAAGCUCUCUUUCGCGAGGGACAGAGUUCCGGAGCUCUACUUUUGGGGCCUAGUGAUGUAUUUCAAACCCGAAGACUCUUUUAGUCGAAUUGCAGUUGCUAAAUGCACAAUAAUAACCUCAAUAUUGGAUGAUAUGUACGAUAACUAUGCAACUGUCGAAGAAGCUGAAGCCUUUACCAAGAGUUUGCAAAGGUGGGAUAUUGAUGAAAUUGAUCGACUUCCGGACUACAUGAAAGUUGUCUAUAAAUUCAUUUUGAGUACAUAUGAAGACUUAGUAUGUGAGGCAUCAAAACGAGGAAGAUCAUUUGCAGCUCCCUAUGUUAGAGAAGUGAUACAAGAACUGAGUCUAGGUUAUAACAACGAGCUCAAGUGGUUUCUAGGGAUAAAAAUGCCCACACUCGAAGCCUACAAUGACAAUAUCAUUAUUACCAGCACGGUAUAUUUACUUUCCACGCCGGCUUUAUUAGGGAUGAAAUCUGCAACAGAUGAAGUCUUUCACUGGCUACACAAUAGGCCUAAAUUUGUCCUGGCAGCCGCUAGGAUUGGUCGAUUUCUAGAUGACUUGGGCUCGCAUCAACGCGAGGGCCGGGAAGGGCAAAUGCUCACGGCGGUCACCAUGUACAUGAAGUUACACGGCGUAACAAAGCAAGAAGCAUUGGCUAAAUUUGCUGAAAUUGUCGAAGAUUCAUGGAAGGAAAUUAAUUCAGAGUUGUGUAACUUGCCUUCUUAUGUUCCUCCCGAGGUCGCUAUUUUUCUUCUCAACUUUGCUCGAGCAACGGAGAUUUUUUAUAAGAACUCAGAAGAUGGUUAUACAUGUCCUGAGAAGGGUAUGGCUCCACAGAUGGCUGAUCUCCUUGUCCACCCCAUAGUCUUUUAAAGCAUUCUUGUUAUAUGAUUCAAAUAAAUAUGGAUUGAAAAU